GGGUAGCGUACCUGGUAUGAAGUCCAUGUUGAGUGAUGACUCUGUAUUGCGUAGAUGUGGUAUUUGAGGAACGUGAUGUGGAAGUUUAUUGUUUUGAGUCUGUCUCUGACUUGCAUAUAUGUAUAUCUUCCUUUAGUACAAGUAUUUCAUUCUUCUGCACUUUGUUUCUUCGUAGAACGUUGAACGUUGAAUACCGAAAGUACGGCAGUGAUCAGCGGCAAUCGAUGCAAAACAAACAAACCGGAAGGGAUUAUCUAUGUCCGUCACGUGUAUCUACUACCUCUGUACUCUGUUCGAAUCAAAGACAUCGCACAAUUAUGAUUAUCUAUAUACAGUAGUCAUCCACCAUUGUUAUGUCAAUCAGGCCUGGAUAUCCAUAAUUGGGCCCUAAAUCAUCAACAAAAAACGCCAGACACCCAUCGUGAUGGUAUAAAUAUACAAAGCUGG